UUUAGUUUCACUUUCAGGAAUAACCGGAGGGCACCGAAAGGAAUUCUGGGUUGAAGUUUGAAGACAACCAUAAUCUUAGCUGUGGAAACGUAAGCCAUGGAGAAAAAUUGUUCAAGGGUCGUCACCGAUGAUGACAUUAAGAAGUUCCGACAGCAACUGAUUCAGUAUGAAAUGUGCAACCUGAGGAUUCUAAAUGACUACUUCCUGAAUGACCUGAAACAUAUGGUGGAGAUUUUGGACACGCAGAACCUCUUGAGCGAACUGAAGUCCCGGAAUGUUCCCAUGAGUCAGCAAAAUUACCUCUUAAUGGAGAAAGAAUUAGGAUCCUCUGUGCUUUCUGAAUGUCUGAUACAAGACAUUAUGGAUUUCGGCCGAGAUGCUGUGAUAGCAUUGUGGGAGAGCCUCUUUGUCCUACAGAAUAAUUACCAACACCCUAAUCUGAUUGGAAUAUUGGCCGAAUUCAGCCAAACAGGUCCUACAUUAGUGUCACUGAUCCAGCUGGAUGAAUAUGGACACCAGUUAUUUGAACUAAAUGAAGCCCAUGAUUGUCACAAGAAAUAUCUACAGGAAAUUACCAAAAAUUUAGAAGAACACAAUGCUCCAGGACUUGUACAACCUAGACGAAGCGGUAGCAUUUCUUCUUGCUACUUGGAUCUAAUUGUUGUCUCCACUCAGCAGUUCAGGAAUCGUUCUCAACAUGAGAUAAUAGAAACUGGAGGGAGACAUGAGCAUUAUCUGAGAAAGGCACAUAGCACUUUGGAACGGAUUUCGCCCAACAGGCUGUUUCGCUGGUGCCACCGAUCUGGCUGCAUACCACAUGCAGUCAUGGUGAGUGGUGUACCAGGAGUUGGAAAGACCACUCUAAUGCAAAAAUUUGUCUUUGACUGGGUGAACAAGAAACAUUAUCAAAGAUUUUCAUUCAUUUUCUUCUUUAAAUUCCGGGAACUAAAUAGAUAUGAUAAAGUCAGUUUGGAUGAGAUGAUCCUUGAACAAUAUUCUUAUCUAUGGAGUCAACUUGAUAUCAUCUUAGAGGAUCCAGAAAAGCUGCUGUUCAUUUUUGAUGGUCUAGAUGAAAGUAAUCACAACAUUGAUUUUGCUUCAGAAAAGACAAGCUCUAACAGCAAAGAGCAGGUCAACAUUGGCAUCAUUGUAGUUAGCUUGGUGAAACAAAGUCUUCUCAAAGGGUGCUCAAUACUGUUAACCAGUCGGCCAACCAAAAUGGCUUCUGUUGACAUUAGUGUUUUCCAAAGGUUUUCUGAGAUCAUGGGAUUCUUUCCCAAAGAAAGGGAGCUGUACUUUGAGCAUUUUUUCCAUGACCAGAUAUUGUCUGCCAAGGCUUUUCAGUACGUGAGGGAGAACGACACGUUGUACACAUUCUGUUACAUCCCGUCGUACUGCUGGAUCGUCUGUAAAGUAUUAUCCAUGUGUUUCAAGGCCUCAUCUAUAAUCAGCGAUCAACAGAUUUUGAGUCUACCAAGAACAGUGACACAGCUCUUUGUGUCUUAUGUGGCCAACACCCUCCUUAAUCAUUGCAUCGAUACUGAAUGUCCUGUGGAGGUCAUGAAAUCCACUGGGAAGAUGGCAGAAUAUGGAAUAAUGAAUCACAUUCUUACUUUUGAUAGAAAAGAUUUUGAACUGUUUCAUGUGGACAUCACAUCGAAAUUACUAUCCAGCUUUAUAAUAGAAACGUAUCAGAAUAAGAGCCAUACUGCGACCUUCUCCUUCCUACAUCUCACCAUUCAGGAGUUCUUCUCAGCUUUACAUCACUACUUAAUCUUUUCUGAGAUAGACUUGCAGUCGUCACUUCACAAAGCCAAAUUAUUUGACGAUGGCCGUGGUGAAAUGUGUAUCCGAUUUCUCUGUGGCCUUUCUGAUGGAAUUACUACAUCUCUUCUGAAGCCUUACCUACGAGAUAAAACUUCAGCCUCCGAGCAGGUUAUUAGGUGGCUCAGCCAGGAAAUUGCAACAAAAUGGGGGCCAAAAACAGACCCUCGUGAGAAAAUUAAUUUACUGACAUAUCUUUUUGAGUCCCGCAAUAAAACCCUUGUUUACAGUACCAUAGGGCCACACGGACAGCUGGACUUUUCAGAAUUCCACCUUACACCUGUGGACUGCACUGUUUUGGCUUUUAUCCUUGAUUCCUGUAAAGAAACCAAUGGCCUUAACCUAGAUAGAUGUUUUAUCCAAAGCGAAGGCUUGGAGAGAUUAACUACAAUCCUACACACAGUUCAAAAACUCAGGCUUUCAAACAAUGACCUGAAAGAUAGUGACAUGCAGCUAAUUUACCAAGUGCUAACUCACCGCACCUCCAAGCUACAAAAACUGAGUUUGAGGAAUAACUCUUUAACAAGCACAGCAUGUUCCUUAUUGGCAGUAGCACUAAGUAUGAACCUGAGCCUGACAGAACUGGAUCUAUCCAGGAACAAUUUAGCUGGUCCAGAUUUCCAUAACUUGAUGACAACUCUCUCCUCUCCAACCUGCACCAUAUCACAUUUGUUUCUCCAACAGAUAAAACUGACAGAUGAAUAUGCUCAUCUUCUGACCUCACUGAGUAAAAACCCAAACCUCAGACAUCUAGACCUGAGCCAUAAUUUCCUUACUGAUGCAAGUGCUGAACAUAUACAACAACUUAUAUUGAGUUCACAAACCCUAAAAGAAAUUAGGAUUGAGGUAAAUGAAUUUUCCAAGGAAAAAGAAGGAUUCUUACAACAACUUCAAGAACUCCAGCCAGGGUUAUCUAUCGUUGUAUAAAAUAUAACCGACAGAAGAAGGCACCCAAUAACGUGAAAUCGGUUAAGGAAGGACAUUCUUAAAGGGUUUCCAGGAUUACAAAAACACUGCUGCUUGUUUCCAUAACAGCACCACCAUAUGUACAUUGGCUAUGUUAGAUAUUGCAGCUAAACUUUAUUGAAGUGAAAGGGGCUAAGAAGCAAUACCAAACACAACCUGUGGAAAGGAGUGGCGCUGUCUUUGGAAGAAAGCAUUAAUACAUUCCAGGUUAACAUCGUUAAAGGCUAUAUUCCUUGUGCAAAAAGAAAAAAUUCAGCAGCAAGAGUCCAUCAGUCUGGAUAUACCCAUUCUUAGGAAUUCCGGGUCAGGUCCAGGCUCAGAACCCCAGACACACCAAGAAAGGAAAAACUGCAGCACUUCUCCAGUCAAUGCAAACUGCGGUUUAUUCACAUACAGGCAUCAGACAAAGUGAGAUUGUGACUUACCUAAAUCUCUCAGGCUUCAGAAAGACUUAUCUAAGUCAACAUGUCGUUUUGUUUGAUGCCUGUGAUAAACAGAGGUCUACCUUGUGGUCUCUAGUAUCAGUGUAUGAUUUUAUGUCCUGCAAUCUCAAUGUGCAAUGUGUACUAGGAGAGUCCCUUCGCCUACUCCGUCUCUUACAUUUUCUGUAAUGAGAUUGUGUGAGUGUGUCACAUGUACAUUGUCGUGCAGUCUGGACCCUAUGUGGGGAAUAGACAUCCCCUCCAGCUGGAAUACCAGAGGAUCAAUAGAAAUAUCAUAGGUUGUAUCUCCUUCCUGGUACAACGCACUUAUUAAUAACUGGAAUUAUCACAAGGGGUCCAAACACCAGACCCGCCACAGCAGACAUUCCCGCAUAAUAGGGAUCUCCCAUUCUGGGGCCCCUACACAUAUCUGGUAUUAAAACAACAGGCAUGAUGAAACAUCCAUUAUGAAAACAUGAUGGUGCCGUAUCUCCAUCAGAGUGGAUGAAAGGAAACUUGCUAUUUCAUAUCUGCAAGCUGAGUGAGAGAGGUGGAGUAUAAACAUGUAUGCCUUCCCAGUAGGUUGGGCCAAGAAUGGGAGGAAGACUGCAGCUCCACCCUCUACCGAACUGGGAU